GAUCUAAACAUCCACAUCCACAUCCACUCUUGAAUAUGUCAACCCGCACCGAGAGAUUCCAGCGCCAGCCCCGCAGACCGCAGGAGAAGAAGGAUGAUUCCCCCGAAGAACCUGAAGAGGUGAUUAGGUUCUCUCCAGAGGAGGAAGCUGCGCUACUUAAUGACUCCAACGCGCGAAAGGCCACGGCAAAUGAGCUGUUUGCGAAAUCCUCUUACAAAGAUGCAAUAGAGACGUAUGAUGAAGCGCUCUCGACAUGCCCAAAUUACCUGGAUUACGAAAUCGCCGUGUUGAAGAGCAACAUUGCGGCGUGCCACCUGAAGCUUGAGGAUUGGAAGGAGGCUAUCAAGGCCGCCACUGCGGCUCUAGACGGUCUUGAUAGAUUGCAGGGAAGGACUGGGGAUGGGAAAGACAAGGGUAAAGAUGGCGCGAGUGUUGAGGAAGAGGCGGACGAGGAAAUCAUAAGUGCGGGUGCAGCGAAGGCGGAAGACACCUCUGAUCCUGGGAAGAGAGAAGCUGAUAUUGAGCGGAUACGGGCAAAGGCUCUCUUGAGGAGGGCUAGAGCUAGGAGUGAACAGGGCGGAUGGGCUUCUCUACAAGGCGCAGAGGAGGACUACAAGGCAUUAUCACAGAUGCAGAAUCUAUCUCCUGCAGAUAAAAAACUUGUCCAGCGACAGUUGGCGCUGCUUCCACCGAGGAUCAAAGCGGCUCAGGAGAAGGAGAUGGGAGAGAUGAUGGGCAAGUUGAAGCAGCUUGGAAAUGGUAUCCUGAAGCCUUUCGGGCUUUCAACUGAUAAUUUCCAAAUGGUUAAGGACGAGAAGACGGGUGGAUACAGCAUGAGUUUUAACCAGGGAGGGUCUUCUAGCUGAGCAUACCUAUAUAUGAUAUGGUAGAUAUAUCAACGGUUGAUCCCUCUCACUCAUACCAAGCCUAGUUAUAACUUAUACAUGAAUAGCCGGACAGGGUAGUGUUUCUUUCUUGUUCAUAUACAUUGCAGACAUGAAUAUGCCAAUUGUCCCC